GGCAGCGGGGGCCGGGGAUCGCAUCAUUAUCAUGGGCACUGUUUGCUUUUCGCGGCGCUGCUGUUUGCUUUUCGCUCUCGCCUGGGCCGGCAGGUUGGCGGGAGGCAGCGGGGGCGCAGAUGUUGACGAGUGCGCAGAAGCUACGGAUGACUGUCACAUCGAUGCAAUUUGCCAAAACACACCAAAAUCCUACAAAUGCAUCUGCAAGCCAGGCUAUAAAGGCGAAGGGAAACAAUGUGAAGAUAUCGACGAGUGUGAAAAUGACUUCUACAAUGGGGGUUGUGUCCAUGAGUGUAUCAACAUUCCAGGCAACUACAGGUGUACAUGCUAUGAUGGGUUCAUGUUAGCCCAUGAUGGCCACAACUGUCUUGAUGUUGAUGAGUGUCAGGAUAACAAUGGAGGGUGCCAGCAGAUUUGUGUAAAUACUAUGGGCAGCUAUGAAUGUCAAUGCAAAGAGGGCUUUUUUCUGAGUGAUAACCAGCAUACCUGCAUUCAUCGCUCCAUUGAGGGUAUGAACUGUAUGAACAAAGAUCAUGGGUGUGCACACAUCUGCCGGGAGACGCCCAAAGGUGGGGUUGCCUGUGAAUGUAGGCCUGGCUUUGAACUUGCCAAAAACCAGAAGGACUGCAAAUUAACCUGUAACUAUGGGAAUGGAGGCUGCCAACACACCUGUGAUGACACAGAUACUGGUCCUGUGUGUGGUUGUCAUCAGAAGUAUGCCCUACAUUCGGAUGGCCGAACCUGCAUUGAGAAGGAUGAGGCUGCAAUUGAGAGUUCUGAGUACAAUGCCACGUCAGUAGCUGAUGUGGACAAGCGGGUGAAACGGCGGCUACUUAUGGAAACAUGUGCUGUCAAUAAUGGAGGCUGUGAUCGGACUUGCAAGGAUACCGCGACAGGGGUACGAUGCAGUUGCCCAGUUGGAUUUACCCUGCAGCCUGAUGGGAAAACGUGCAAAGACAUUGAUGAGUGCUUGGUAAACAACGGUGGCUGUGACCAUUUCUGCCGAAACACGGUUGGAAGCUUUGAGUGCAGCUGCCAGAAAGGCUAUAAACUGCUCACAGAUGAACGGACCUGCCAAGAUAUAGAUGAGUGUUCCUUCGAAAGGACCUGUGAUCACACCUGCAUCAACUACGCUGGAAGCUUUGAAUGUCUCUGCCAUAAAGGCUACACCUUGUAUGGACUGACGCACUGUGGAGAUAUUGAUGAAUGCAGCAUCAGCAAUGGUAGCUGUGACUAUGGGUGUCUUAAUACAAUGGGGAGCUAUGAGUGUGUCUGCCCGCCUGGAAAGAAACUGCACUGGAAUAAAAAGGACUGCGUUGAGAUGGUGAAAUGUCUCCCAAAUGCCAAACCAGCUCCCAAGGCUCAGCUAGUGUGUAGUAAGACAGGAGGCAUAGAGAGCUGCUUCCUGUCAUGCCCAUCCAAUACUCUUUUUGUUCCAGAUUCGGAGAACAGCUACACGCUGAGCUGUGGCAUUCCUGUCCAGCAAGGCAAGGCUCAGCAGAAACGCAAUGCGACCCUGCCCAGCUGCGCAGAUUCAUUAGCCCCUCCAAUCAAGCAGAAAGCUCGUUUUAAAAUUAAAGACGCAAAGUGCCAUUUACGGCCUCGCAGCAAAGAAAAAACAAAAGAUUCUGGGAAGCAAGCUGUUUUAGGAGGUCAAUUCCCUUGUACAGACAACUGCCAGGUGACCUUUGUGAAUCUCAAGUGUGAUUCCUCCAAGAAAAAACGCCGAGGCCGCAAGUCACCAUCAAAAGAAGUAUCCCAUAUCACCGCAGAGUUUGAAGUGGAGAUGAAGUCAGAAGAAGUCACAGACACCUGUAACAUUGACUGUGUUCGGAAAAGGAUGGAGCAGAAGCUGCAAACUGCAAUCAAAACAUUGAGGAAAUCUAUUAAUAAACAGCAAUUUUACAUUCAGUUUUCUGGGACAGAGUAUGAAGUGGCUCAGAAGCCAGCUAAAGCUACUGAAGGGCAUGAAGCUUGCAGUACAGGGCAAGUGCUGCAGGAUGGAAAAUGUGUUACCUGCAGCACGGGCACCUUUUAUAGCGGAGAACAUAAUCAGUGCAUUCCUUGCUCACCAGGAACAUACCAAGACACAGAAGGUCAACUUACCUGUGAGCCUUGCCCAAGUAACGAUGGACAGGGAGUAGCGGGCGCCCGGAAUGUGUCAGAAUGUGGAGGGCAGUGUUCUCCUGGGCACUAUUCUUCAGAUGGUUUUAAACCUUGUAGAGUCUGUCCUCUUGGUACGUACCAGCCUGAACCAGGAAGGACCCUCUGCUUUCCAUGUGGCGGUGGGCUUGUGACCAAGUAUGAAGGUGCUGUUUCCUUUCAAGACUGCGAAACCAAAGUUCAUUGUUCUCCUGGACACUACUACAACUCUACAACACACAGAUGUAUCCGAUGCCCUGUGGCAACAUACCAGCCUGAGUUUGGUCAAAACUACUGCAUCACCUGCCCUGGGAACACAAGUACUGAUUUUGAUGGCUCCACUAACGUUACACACUGCAAAAACCAGCACUGUGGAGGAGAACUUGGGGAUUAUACUGGCUACAUUGAAUCACCCAACUAUCCUGGAGACUACCCAGCUAAUGUUGAAUGCAUUUGGAAUAUAAAUCCACCCCCAAAGAGAAGAAUACUCAUCGUAGUACCUGAGAUAUUUCUCCCAAUUGAAGAUGAAUGUGGUGAUGUUUUAGUAAUGAGAAAAAGUGCUUCUCCUACUUCAAUUACUACAUAUGAAACAUGUCAGACUUAUGAGAGACCUAUUGCAUUUACCUCAAGAUCGAGGAAGCUCUGGAUUCAGUUCAAGUCAAAUGAAGGAAACAGUGGCAAAGGAUUUCAGGUCCCCUAUGUGACUUACGAUGAGGAUUACCAACAACUAAUAGAAGACAUUGUUCGAGAUGGACGAUUAUAUGCAUCAGAAAAUCAUCAAGAAAUUCUAAAGGACAAGAAACUUAUUAAAGCUCUCUUUGAUGUACUGGCACAUCCACAAAACUAUUUCAAGUACACAGCACAAGAGUCAAAAGAGAUGUUUCCAAGAUCAUUUAUAAAGCUACUGCGAUCAAAAGUUUCCAGAUUUCUACGACCUUACAAAUAGUCUAGUGGUAUUCAAUUUUUGGUUACUUUGCAUUCCUGUCAAAUAUUGUCUUUCCUCCAUAGUAGAAACAUUUGCUAAUUUGAAGGCUCUUUUUUUGCAGUCUUUGUUUUCAAUUGUAUAUUGAAGAAUACCUGUAAUGUUUUAUAAUCGUUAAAAGCCAAUGUUCUGAAUGGGGUUUUUACUACAAAAAAAAAAUUGUGCAUCCCUGAGUGCAUCUAGUUGAAGAUCCAAAUUUGUGUCUGCACUAGUGUAUCUUCACUUUCCAUUUGAAAUUACAUUAUGUAGAAAAUAGUCUUUUUAGCUUUUUAUUUUUCAUCAACAAUAACUUUGGUCAAAGCAAAGAAGGAAUCUAUUCAAAUCUGAUUAAACUACCUGCAGAUAAUUUCUGUUGUAGAAAGAAGUAUGUAGUAUAAAUAAUAUUUGGAUUUUGAAUUGCACUUGAAGUUUAUAUUUGAAUCUUUAGAAGAAAACAAAACAACCUAAAUUUUGUUAUUUCUCAUUUGUGGCUUAGUAGAACCUCUGCCCAAGUAGAAAUCAAAAGGGAAAAAAAGAAGAAAGAAAAAAAAAAAACAGAUGUGUAAUUUUGUUUUAUGAAUUACAUGAGAUUGAGUCCUAUGCCCUUAUGUCCUAAUGUUUUUAUCUGUCCUCUUCUAAACUUCUUCAGAGGUUUGCCAUUCUCAAUUACUUCACUGAAACAGAUUUAGCUUUGGAUUUCAGUACACCAGUUAGUCCCUUUGAAGGCAUUUACAAUAGGAUAGGUGAGAAAUGAACAACGGUAGUAGUCUUGUUUUUCUUUCUGUUAAUAGAGCAUCUAAUUAAGUACAAUAUAUAAAUAUAUAAAUAUAUACUUCUAUUUGUGGGUACAUUAGUAAUGUUAUCUUUAGUUACUGUAAAUAUUAUUCAUGCUUAAGUCUUUACUCCCCCACACCCCAUUUACUCAUAUCUAUUUGUAACUUUGCUUAGAUGAUUAAAUGACUUCUCCAAGUGCUUGUCACUUCCCUUAACACCAAACUAAAGCCUUUUGGAGUUUUAAAAUACUGGAUAAUUGUUUACUCUGGGACAGUCUCUUUCAAUGUACAUUAUUCCAGGAAAAAUAACUUCUGUUAAGAUGCAACUGCUGUCCAGUAAAGGGUCAGCUAUUGCCUCUUCCUUUGGCACCCCUCAGAUGCAGACCAACAGAGUUAGCCCUGAGGACGACACACGUGAGAGGAGCUCACCAAGGAGGAAUUUUUGUUGGACCUGCCGUCUCUAAAAUGCUGGGAACAUGCCUGUGUCACAGGGGCAGACUCUAAGGGGGGUGAGGGGGUGAACAGGACGCAGUUUUGCAGAUGAGUUGGAGGGCAGGCCCUGCAGUCUUCAGAGACCUGGCACUCCCUUUUAUCACAAAUUUGCAACCCCAGUGCCCAUUGAACACAGGGACUGUAUGGUCUGCAAGACAGCAUUAGCCUCGUGGUCAGGCCUUCCUCAGAGUGACAGGUACUGGUGGGUUAAGAUGAUGAUAAAUCCUGUGUUUCCUGGUACAGGUGCUGAUUUCAACGAGAGAGUAGCUUUUUUUUAAUUAGUACUUCAGCCUCUUUACUUUUAAGCCCUUCCUCUUGUAUAUCACUUUGCCUUUUGAUCCUACAAGUUUAUUACAUGGAGAAAUUAACUAUCAUGCCAGCAUCCUUUCAGAAAAAGACUAACAUACAGUUUUGCUUCACUGCAUUUUUUUUGCAUAUCUACCCUGUAGUUUAACAUACCCUUGGAUGCUCUCAAAGACGUACCUUAAGGGUGGUUAUGGUUAACUUCUUACACUGUUUUUUGUCUUUGAGCAAGUACCAUUUGAAUUUACAAAGUUGGUUUCUGUUGGCUACAAGUGGUUGAAUAUUCCAUUUCUAAGAGACACCUUAAGUAUUCUGUUGAGUUUUUCUAUUUAGCCAUCUUGUAAUUUUGCUUGCCUUCUUUCUUUUUCUGUUGAAGAGUAUAAUUUUUUUUUCUUUCUAUGAACAGUUUCAACUUGGGGUCUAACAACUCAUUUUUUUUCACUCAUGGAUCUUAGGUCUUUCACGAGCUUUCUCUUGAGGGUUAAUAUAUAAAUAUAUAUAUUAAUUUCAAAAUGUAACAUCUCCAUAGAAGUCCUUUUUUUAAAGGCUGUUAAACCUAACUUUUUGUGAGGAUGUUGAAACUACUUUUAUUAAAUAUUCAUCAUGGGUUACUAAAGGUGGACAUUUGAAGGAGAACAUCUCAUCAGUCCUAGAUUCAGUGCAUGCCUGGAACAAAAAAAAAGUUACAUAUAUUUUUUUCAUUAACAGGAGUUAUUUGUAGAAAAAAAUUAAAUCUUAAAAAAGGAAAAAUCUUUUUAGGUACUCAAUUAUGCAUAAGUGUACAGCUAAAAAAACUACUUCAGCCAAACAGCAUCUCAAAGUCUGAUAGGUUAUUCAGAAUUAUUAGAAUGGGUCAAUGGGUCAGGAUUGCAGCCAUUCUACUGGAAGAUGUGAAGAAGAUACGGAGAAAAAUAAUUUCCUCAUUUGCUGAACUAUUUACAGCAAUCCUUAGUAUUUCACACUUCAGUAAGCCAACCUUGGAACCUGAUGCUGUGCAGUGAGUUUAGUAAAAUCCUUGCUAAAAUUUUUGCUUAACAACCCACACAUUUGGACAUAAUACCACAGUACAACACUGGUGCCAAGCAGGACAAACUUCCUCUCUGGAACAGGGCUGAACGUAAUUGCCUUAUGAGUCCAGAAACCACUGGCAGCACCGUAACAUUUUCUGGGUUCUUAGCUACAUGGGGAAUCCAGUGCCAGAUAGCAGCUAUGAGAGGGACGUGUUCCGGUUGUGGCCACUGUUAGUGGGACGUUGGUAGAGCUGUGAGAGGUGAAUACAGGAGGGACUAGCUGCAUUUAGCUCUGGUAACACUCGCCCUGACUUACAACCACAUUAGACAAAACCAGGGUUUUGUCUAGUUCAUCCUGACAGACAAUCUGAGAGUGUGUGUGAGCUCAUAUUCCCCAGAGCCAUGUCAGGGCAUGGACUCCACAGUCAGGACAAGGCGCUCAGGGACUUCUGUAGCAAAUGCAGACUUUGUGUUGCUGAAAGCAGUGGAAGAAAGAGAAUAAUUUGUAGCCUUUGAAAGUAUACAGUGAAAUGCUUCUGAAUGUAUAGGGGUUUCGUAUGUGAUAUAUUUAGAAAAUGAGUCAGGUUUAAAUGUUUGCAGGUCUGCAUAGAAAUGCCCUUGGAUGUGCAGAUUUCUAAUGUGAAAUAAGUACUGACAAGUGGUAUAUAGGACUGCCUGAACUGAUUUCAGCUGAUUUGUACAACAGCACAGAAUUUUUACAUCAGCUUUAAGUUAAAAAUGCUUUGACUUUCAUACUAGAUUUAUAGUUACAGAAACUGGUGGUCACCAAAUAGGAGGUGAGCUCAGCUCUUCACUUGUUAAUGUAGGUGUAGCAUGUCUUCAUUGUCAGAAGUCAGAGAACAUAUUGCUACUAUACAAUAACAGUACAACAACAAGGAAUGUCUUCGUCUAUGGAGAAGACCUAGACACAUUUGGGAAUCAAAAACCAUACAAGGAGAAAUAUGGCUGCCUUUAAGAAAACCAGCUUCAUGAAAUGAAUUGAUACAUAGCAGAAUAUAAAACUUUGGCUUUUAACCCUAAACAUUAAAUAUUGCAUUUAAACAUAUUCAAUAAAUACACUGUUCUUAUAGAAUUACACAUUGUAUGCAGGAUAGGUGCAACAACACAUUUAUGUGUUACUACCAGAAGGCUGAAGGAGUGUCCCCUUGUGAUUGCCCAAUUCCAUGUCACAAACUGAGCUUUUUAUUUUCAAUUUGCAAAUGGCUGUACGCUGAAAAGCUGCACCUGUAGCACUUACCAUUUUAAGCCUCUCCUCCUCUUUAAAUACUGCACUUAUUUUUAGUGAGGUGGUGGUGAAUCAUCCCUGAACAUUCUCAUGUGCCACCAAAUCACCACCUGCAUACCUGCUGCAGUCCAGGAGACUGCAAGGAUCAGAAGUUGCUAAUCAAGCCCUAAGUCAUGCUGUAAAAGUGCUUGUUAGUGAUCGAUGUGGGCAAGGUGCCUGUGUGGGUCAUUUGAGUACAGGAAGCAUCAGGAUUCAGUGUUCAAUAGAUUGCCACCUGCAUCCGGCCUGCAAUAGCAAGAUUUAUUCUGCCUGAAGAUGUAGCUCACCAAAAGUGGAUUUAAAGCUGCUGAAGUCUUCUCUCAGCCUAUUUUCUUGCCCUGCCUUCCUUCCUCCAUCAUACAUUAGAUUUUUACCUGAAGACCAACUUUUCAAAAGAAAUUGAUUUCCUUAUUGUGCCUCCCCCAUAGAAUAAAGUUAAAUCACAGUGUGUUAAAACUACUAAUGAUUUAGACUGAUCUUUCCUAUGCAUCAGCUUCAUACUAGGGUAAGCUUACUUAAAACUAGCUUACCUAGUAAGUUAGUUUUAGUUUAGUUUAAGUUCAGUUUAGUUUUAGACUAGCUUAAAUAAAUACAGGCUUGGUCACAGAGUUUUCAGAGAGUCUGCAUUCUGAGUUGUCAGCUGGUUUUGAAAGAGCACAGCUCACCUGUAGUCCUCUGUCUGUAAGCAGAAUGCAAGGAUGAUGUCACAUGAACAAGAAACAUGCUUACAUGCAUUAAACAUUCAAAGAGGAAAGUCAAACCCCACCACAUGCCCCGUUGUAAGUGUGCCCAACAGAUUCAAAUUUCUCAGGUCAGUCUUACCUAUGAAAAACCCAGUUUUAAUCUUGCAGAUAACAAGUUAUGAAUAUCGGGAGCAAAAGUAGUGGUAUGAUUCUUACACAGGAACUGCUGACAGGUCUUUGCCAGCAAAACCUAACUGCUCUGUGACAGUUCCCAUGUCUGGACUCUAAAUACCUUUGAGUGCUUUUAAAAAAAGCUGGAGUGAAAUCUUCAACAGCUGAACCUAGUGGCAAAUUUCUCAGCCACCUCAGGGGUCUGGAUUUUUCCUUUCUAAUGAUGGGAAUGAGCAAAACACACAGUUACUUGUACCUGUGUCAUGAGUUCAAGUAGUUGCAUUUUUUCAUAGUUUAAAACCACUGAUUGACAGGAAUGGUAGUAACUGGAGAAGUUCUGUAGACUCUCAGUACUUUGAGACUUUAAUGAAAUAGUUUUCUAGGAUGAGAGACUGUUGUAAGCACUUGGGGUGGGGAGGGUGGGGAAGACUUUUGUCUCCCAUAAGGAUUUAUGAAAGAAGGGAAAUUUCUGUAAGGUAAUAUGAACUUACUCGUCAGUGUGAGACUUGGAUUCAGAGAGAAGUCUCAUGUUUUACCGUAACAUUUUUCAUCUGAAUAGAAACAGACUGGGAAAUAAACUCUUAAUGUCAAAAAACUGUUAUCUAAGUAUCUGAAUAGAUACAACUCCAGUUUAUUUCAUUUAUUUAUUCUGUUUCAUCACUAAGCUUUUAAUCUAUAAAAUUAAUAUGUAAUAUACAAGAGUAAAAUGUACAGAAGUACCUUUAGAUGUAAUAAUUUAAACCAUCUGUAUUCAGAAAGCAGAGAUAACAAGUUUAAAGAUAUACAAACAAUUGCAAUUCAAUUUUAGCUGAAUUUCUCAAUAUCUAGAAAAAGAAGUGGCUUUGCUUAAUUAAACUUUAUUUUAAUGAUUGUGAAAAUAUCUUUUUUAGAGUUUGUUUUUGUUACUUUUUUAAUUAAAAUUAUUUUGUAAAUAUUGUUUUCUAUGUUUUAUACCUUAGGCCGUUAAUUUGCAUUGACAGCAGCAGAUACUCAACACAAUGAUUAAAAAGGUACUUUAGGAGACUGGGGUGGAUGUGGUCAGUAGUCAGAUUCAUCCUUCCAGAUUACUGCUCCUGUUAUUUCUGCAGUCUCACUGGCAUCAUAGGAAGAGUUUUCUGGGGCAAUUUAACCUGCUAAUUUUCAUAGAAUUGACUAUCAAGUGUCAUUCUGAAGCGCUUACCAUUUUCAUAACAUAUGAAGAAUAUGCAUUUUAAAGUUAGUACUAGUUCUUCCGUUGUUAGGAUAAGAAGCAACACAAAAUUCAGAAAUAAAGGGAAUUCAAAAGAUUAUGCCCAAAUAUAAUAUAAAGACAAGGACAGGUAUGGUAUCUCUGUGCUCCUAGGUAGCAGUGGAAGUGAUAAAACUUCAUAUUGGAUUGGAUCAUAGAGCCUUUUUUAGGCGAAACUGCCACUGAGGUCAGUGGUAGUUUCACCUGCAUAAAGUUCACUAUGAUCAUGUCCUUCAUCUGUUAAACAGGAAUUUCUGGUAGACUAGAUUUUGGGGGAAAAUACCUGGAGUGUAAUACUGGUUUGUGUACCAAUUUGCUCCAUGUAAAUCACUGGGCAAGAGUGACAUUUUGAACUAAACCCUUGUAGAUGCUGCUGGGACUUCUAAGCUUUAUUACCGAUGUAAAUUAUGUACAAACAGCUAUUUCCAUAUGAAAUGUACCACGAUAGUUUAGAGCAAAGAUAGUGAAUAACUGUACAAAAUUUGAUACUUAGAAAAUAAACUAUGGUGGUCUAAGCUUUACCAGUAUUUUAACAAUACUGUCAGAUUUGUAGUAGAAAAUGUUGUUGUAAAUGUACCUUAUAAGAAAAUACAUUUCCUUUUGCCUCUGUAUAUUAAUAGCUUUGAUUUCUAUGUCAGAGCUCAAAAUGAAGCAUGUAAUAAAACUUUUGUUAAAAUCGCUUUCAUAAUAAACAUAAAAUUGAAUGGA